AUGUCAAGAUUGAUUGUUAAGGGACUCCCAAAGUAUUACACUGAGGACAACUUGAAAAAACACUUUAGUCAACAAGGUGACGUGACUGAUGUCAAGUUGGUGAAAUCAAAAAACGGAGAAUCAAGGAGAUUUGCAUUCAUUGGAUACAAAUCGGAUGAUGCAGCACAGAAAGCAGUAAAAUUUUUCAAUAAAUCAUUCAUUGAUACUUCAAGGAUAGAUGUUCAAUUGGCAAAGUCGUUUUCUGAUCCAGAUGUGCCAAUCUCGUUCAGAGAAAAGAGAAAGAGGGAAAACGAAAGAUUAAGGAGGCAGGAGGAGCUGUUGAUUGAGGAGAAUAACAGGCUCAAUGCAAAGAAGCAGAAGGUGGAACGAAAAUCAUUAAUUGAAGCAGAGAUGGAGAGCGAUCCAAAGUUUAAAGAAUACAUGGAAGUCAUGAAACCAUCGUAUCAAGUCAAGUCUUGGGCAAAUGAUACCUUAGCUGAUGGCUCUGGUGGCCCUUCAAAUACCGACUUGGAACGAGCCCUACAGGGUGAUCAGAGUGAUAUAGUUGAACUUUCUAAGCCGGAAGUGGUAGAGGCUCCAGCGGGAGAGAGUGAUGAUGAAUACAACGAUUUCAAUGGGCCAGUGGAAAACGAAGGGGAUGAAGAGAUGAUGCCAUUAAAUGAAGUCGAUGAGACUGAAACUGCUCCUCUACCCCAGGAUGAAAAUGUCUCAGAUUUUGAUUGGUUAAAGUCGCGAAGUAUUCGUAUUCGAGAAGAUGGUGAAGUGCCAUCGAAUACUUCUGAAAAAGUAGAAAGCAAACCUGAAAAAGAAUACCCUGCUCAUCAUGUGGCUGAACACAAAUCUGAAGAAGAAAAAGCAAAAGAUAAGAUUGAAGAAACUGGACGAUUAUUUAUUAGAAACAUUCUGUACGAAGCCACUGAAGAUGACUUUAAACAUUUGUUUGAGAAAUACGGACCCCUUGAGGAAGUGCACAUUGCCGUUGAUACACGAACAGGAAAAUCAAAAGGUUUCGUAUACAUCCAAUUUGUCAACACCGAGGAUGCUGUCAAUGCUUUUGAAGCACUUGACAAACAAAUUUUUCAAGGUAGACUCUUGCAUAUUCUUGCUGCAGAUCAGAAGAAAAGUCACAGAUUGGAUGAAUUUGACUUGAAAAAUUUACCUUUGAAGAAGCAGAGGGAGUUGAAAAAGAGGGCACAAGCUUCGAAAAGUCAAUUCAGCUGGAAUUCUCUUUAUAUGAAUACGGACGCAGUUAUGGAAUCUAUGGCGGCAAAAUUAGGUGUCACUAAAUCACAGUUGAUUGACCCAGAAAAUUCGAGCUCGGCAGUGAAGCAAGCACUUGCUGAAGCUCACGUAAUUGGUGAUGUGAGAAAGUUUUUCGAAGACAGAGGUGUAGAUCUAGCAAGCUUCAGCAAAAAGGAAAAAGAUGACAAGGUUAUACUAGUCAAGAACUUUUCAUUUGGAACAACCGUAGAACAAUUGGGUGAGCUAUUCUCACAAUACGGCCAAAUCAAGAGGAUAAUCAUGCCCCCAUCAGGAACAAUUGCCAUCGUUGAAUUUAACGAUGCUCCUAGCGCGAGAGCUGCAUUUACCAAAUUGGCAUACAAACGAUUCGGUUCAAGUAUUCUUUACUUGGAGAAAGGUCCUAAAGAUUUGUUCACUCGUGAGCCUGUUGAGAAUGAGAGCAUUCGAGUUUCACAGCUGGAAUCAGUUGUUGAAGCAAAAGUAUCUGCCAGUGAUAUUUUAGGCGAACCAGAAGUUGAAGAAGAGGAAAUUCAAGGUCCUACUGUGUCUGUAUUUGUCAAGAACCUCAAUUUCAGUACAACAGUACAACAAUUGUCUGACCUUUUCAAACCAUUACAUGGCUUUGUCUUGGCUACGGUGAAAACAAAGCCCGAUCCAAAAAAUACUGGGAAGACAUUGAGUAUGGGAUUUGGUUUUGUUGAAUUUAAGUCGCUUGCUCAAGCAAAUGCAGCAAUUGCAACAUUAGAUGGACACGUCUUGGAUGGGCACAAAUUACAAUUGAAGAUAUCACAUAAGCAAGGAUCUGCUGCGUCAUCCACGGCACCGUCAAAAUCUUCGAAAACUAGCAAAAUCAUUAUCAAGAACUUGCCAUUUGAAACAUCUCGUAAAGACAUUUUGGAAUUGUUUGGGGCUUUCGGUCAAUUGAAAUCGGUUAGAGUACCGAAGAAAUUUGAUCAAAGUGCAAGGGGUUUUGCCUUUGUUGAAUUCAAUUUAUUAAAAGAGACUGAAAAUGCCAUGAAGCAAUUGGAAGGGGUACAUUUACUAGGAAGACGAUUGGUUAUGCAAUACGCAGAGCAGGAUUCAGAGGAUGCCGAGGCUGAAAUUGAAAAGAUGACAAAGAAGGUAAAGAAACAAGUGGGAACGCAGAACUUGGCUGCUGCAAGGCUAGCAGGUAAAUCAAAGAUUGAAUUGGAAGAAAAGGAGGAUGAAUUUGAGUAG